CGGUUCCCUGUAUGUUGUGUCUUUCAUUUGUUUCUAGGACUGGGGAGCAGAGACCUAGGCCUAUUCAAUUGGUCAUUAGGAGUGAUUGGCGUGCACCUGGGCCCGGGUGCCAACGCCCUAUAAGAGUCUGCUUCCCCAGUCCUUCCCUCUCUGUUCUGUUCAGCUCCAUAUCCAUGCACACCUUUCAACACUUAUGUUAAAACAACACACACACCUAUAAUCCACUCAUGCAUACACACUCCACACUACAGACUUACUGACUUCCACAUCCCAUACUUUUAUUAUAAGUUGAGCACUUGGAUUGGUUUGGUUUGAUUAAAUACUUAUUUUGUUUGGGAAACUGUUGUCUCCUGUCUUUUUGUUGUGUAGCCUGGCGCCCCUAGGCCAGGUGCGUAACAAAGUGGGGGCUCGUCCAAUAAGUUGUUUGUACAGUGAGUUUGGAGCGUCAAUUUAGUCUCACUCCUGUAUUGGUUUUGUGAAUGGAGUGACGUCAGUUGGGAAUCUUUCCGGGAGGUUCCGUCGUUCCAUUGUUUGGUCAACAGUCCGGUGAGUAGACAAAGCAAUGUUACAGGCUUGUUAUUCAGACUUUGGGGAGAUGCAGUUAAUUGUUAUGAGUUGAAUUCAUCUGUUUAAAUUUGAGUUAAUUUGAUUAGGUUUGGUUAUUUCAGUACAGUACGGUAGCUGUUUGGUUCAUUUUGUGCGGUUGGAGACUUGUUUAUUUCUGGUAGUUGUGCAGCUAAGUAAACGUCAUUUGGGACGCCAACAGUUGCCUGGCUGGUUGUUUAUUUUAUUUUUUUUGUAUUUGUUUGAUACGAGUGUCCCCGGUAGGUGCGCUUAGCUGCCUGGGUAAAAUAGCUCGUUGGUUUAGGCCGGGGGGUGGCUAGGUGCGUCAGGUGCGGCAGUAGCGAGAAGUUCGUACUGAAUAUCUCGACUCGGGGGCACGGCUAAGGGGGGCAUGCGGGUCGCCAGUUAUUGGUUGCCUUUCCUCCCCUUUGGUAUGAGCUAGGCCUUGGCGGUGGCCUUCAGUGCAUAGAAAUCCUCCGCAACCGGCACACGAAGAGGGUGGAGUUAGCUGGGGUUUAUAUAGGCUAGGGGGACACUUGUAUUGUAUUUAGUUUGUUUGGUUUGCCAGCUAGGAGGCUCUUAAAGCGCACAAUACCCAGGAUGGUGACAGUGGAUGACGUUGUUCAGUCUCCCUCGGUGGAGCUCUUAAAUCAAUGCACCAAAGACCAAUUGCUGAACGUUGCAGAUCGUUUUGGGUUGAAAAUUGAAGCUAGUGAUAGAAGGUUAAAGGAGACAUUGUUGGAAGUUUUGAAAAGAGAGCUAUGUGGUAUAGCGGUUUCAACUGAGGAACGGGAUAAGAAAGAGGAGGCGUCUCUUUCUCCCGCAGUAGGUGCCGCAAUGGAGGUGCCUUCACCAGCAGCCAUGUCAGGGUUGACGUUCGACCAACAAAAAGAAUUAAUCAUUUUGCAAGCGAAAUUACAAACUGAUCGGGAACAACUUAGGCUAGAUAGUGAGUAUGCUAUUGAAAAAAUGAAACAGCAGACAGAACUGGCUAAGUUGCAGGUAGAGCAAAAUAGACUGGACUUGAUAGGGGAUGGCAAGAUUUCAGCGGCUGCACAAGUGUUUUCAGAACCUGCAGAACGGUCUGCAGGGGGGUUUGACAUUAGUGGCAAUCUACGUCUGGUGCCCAAGUUUUCCGAACGUGAUCCUGAGGCAUUCUUUGCCAUGUUUGAGAGGGUGGCAGAUGUGCGUAAAUGGCCUGACUCGGCGCGCACAUUGAUGCUGCAGUGCGUCUUAACAGGCAGGGCGCAAGAGGUUUUUUCGGCUAUGAAUGCGGCUGACAGUCAAGAGUAUGCCCGUGUUAAGGCGGUGGUACUGAAGUCAUACGAGCUCGUUCCUGAGGCGUAUAGGCAGCGGUUUCGAUUUUGGAAGAAACAUGACAGACAAAGUCAUUUGGAAUUUGCACGUGAUUUGACGACGAGCUUUAACCGCUGGUGUAACGCCUCGGAGGUGGAGGAUUUCGAAGGCUUACAAGAUUUGAUGAUUUUGGAGCAGUUCAAAGAUUCUGUUCCAGCUCGUGUGGCAACAUAUAUCAGUGAGCAGAAAGCACGCAACGCAGCAGAUGCGGCGGCGCUCGCAGAUGACUUUGUUUUAACGCACCGUGGAGAGUUUAGAGCGGGCGGUGGCAAUUAUGUUGCUGCCAGUGAGUCGCAUGGCCGAUUUAAUAAACCUCUGCCUGUCGAUUCCAGAGCUAACGCCAACAACAGUAGGGAUGUGCGUGACUCGGGGAAGGUUUGCCAUCACUGUAACAAAUGGGGGCACUGGAAAAAAGAUUGCUUCUUGUUAAAUUCCCCUAAGGCGGGUCAUUGGGAACCAAAAGGGGUUGCUACGGCAGCUCCAGUUCGUCCGGUGUCCACUUGUGUUACACCUACUUUCGGUUCAAAUGAGGAUACAUCAGUUGUAGCUCUGAGUUCUUACCGUCCAUUUAUCAUGCAGGGGACUGUGUCUUUGGUGCAGGGUGGGGAAGAAGUACCGGUAACUAUUUUGAGGGACACUGGGGCUUUUGAUUCAUUCAUCCAAGCUGGUGUUCUCCCUUUGACUAAUGUUUCUGACACUGGUGAUAAGGUUCCUAUCCGGGGCAUAGACAUGAAUAUUUUGUUGGUUCCCUUGCAUAAUGUUGUCCUAAAAUGUGAACUGUUCCAGGGAGAAGCAAAGCUCGCUGUGCGCCCAGCACUGCCUAUUCCGGGUGUGACGCUGAUCCUGGGCAACGACCUAGUGGGUGCUAAGGUCUGGGCUGGGGUCCCGCCGCCGCCGGCAGUGGUGACCUCUGUUCCCUUGGUAACAGAGGAAGAUGAUGAGGGUGAAAAGAAGAGUGUAAAGAAGAAGCGGAAAAGGAAGAAGUCGUCGGCCAGGAAAGCUUCAGACGGCUCGGCUGCAGAGUCUGAUGCGGAGAGCAAGAAGAAGAAGAAAAUCAAGGAGGAAGGUGAUGAGAAGGACGAGAAGAGCCGGCACAGGAAGAGAAAGGCGGAGCGAAUUCACAAGGACUCUUCCUCAGGGUCCUCGGUGGUCUCUGAAGGGGAAGAGGCUGUUGACGCCAAGAAGAAAAAUAGAAGCAGUGAAGAGAAGGACAGAAUAACAAAAUCCAAGAAGAAGAGGCGGAAGAAGCACAAGAAGCACGGGAGGAAGAGUAAGAAGAGGACGGCGUCGGGCUCGGAGCACGACUAGGACCCGCGGCCUCAUCGCUGGGACCUCACUCACUACAGACUGUCCAAACCAGAGAUUGAUAAGAUGGUCACUGUUCCUGCAAUCCUAUGCCCUGGACAUUCGUCAUGUUAAAGGGGCGGAGAACGUGGUGGCCGAUGCGCUGUCACGGGCUCCUCAUGACUGAGGUCCGGUCUCCGUUGGUCCUUUUUGCCUCUGUCUGUCUUGCACCCCUUAAAGUGCUUCCGUGGUACCGGUUGCUGGGGUGAAGGCCUGUGACAGUGGGCAGGCGGCCAUUGGAGUAGAGGUUGGGUAUGACAGGGAGUAGAUAGUAUAUAUUUAUCUAAGGUUAAAUGGGUUGCCGGUGAUCCCUUUGGGACUCCGUCUUUAUGGGGGGGGGUGUGACGGUUCCCUGUAUGUUGUGUCUUUCAUUUGUUUCUAGGACUGGGGAGCAGAGACCUAGGCCUACUCAAUUGGUCAUUAGGAGUGAUUGGCGUGCACCUGGGCCCGGGUGCCAACGCCCUAUAAGAGUCUGCUUCCCCAGUCCUUCCCUCUCUGUUCUGUUCAGCUCCAUAUCCAUGCACACCUUUCAACACUUAUGUUAAAACAACACACACACCUAUAAUCCACUCAUGCAUACACACUCCACACUACAGACUUACUGACUUCCACAUCCCAUACUUUUAUUAUAAGUUGAGCACUUGGAUUGGUUUGGUUUGAUUAAAUACUUAUUUUGUUUGGGAAACUGUUGUCUCCUGUCUUUUUGUUGUGUAGCCUGGCGCCCCUAGGCCAGGU